AUGUUGAUGCCUUCAUCCAUGUUUGUUUUCCUGAUAUCAGUCCUUCUUUUGGGCAGUAUCGUUCAGGUUUCCAGCUCAACGUGGACAGUCUAUCACUCGUUCAACGCGGAUCAAGAAUUCAGCCGCCGUGGAGAACUGAAAUGGUCCCCGGAAGAAGGAGCUUUGCAAAUUACCAAUGAGGAAUCUGCCUUGUCCACAGAAAGCAUACAAGCCAUGUUAGACUAUGGAUGGUACCACGUCAAGAUUCAAAAUCCAAAUGAUACCAACGAUUUUGUGCUUUCCACUGUACCAGCUUGCAGUAUCCGCCGGGCCAACUUUAAGGAUGAAUUUCAGGUAACUCUGCCACGCACCCAAGAGUCGCAGAUUACUAGUUUAGCAUACUUGCCAUUGGCCAGUCCACUCGCUCCCAAGUCUUGUGAUGAAAUGGGGGAAGUAGAAUCACCAACAUUUACAUCCAAGGUGUCCUUGACUCUUGACACGCCCGGAAUGAUCCUGAAAUCAGUCUUGCCAACCACAAAGCCACCACCAGGCAUGACAUUCAUCCCGCACCCCAAUUUGAAAAAGAAUAGUGGUAAUAGUGCUGCUGGGGAUGGCGCCAAAGGUGGUGCAAAAGAAGGUCAGAUCCCUGGACAAGAAGAGGAGGAACCGCAAUCCUACAUCCGUAAAUAUUGGUACAUCUUUCUGCCUCUCAUGAUUGCCAACUUUAUGGGAAUUGGAUCACCAGCAGCAGGAGGAGAGCCUUCUCAAGGUGGUGCGGGUGAUGCUCAACCUGCUGUGGCAGCCGCUGGUGCAAGUGCACCUGCUGGUUCGGAUGGUGGGAAACGACGACGGGGAAAACGUCGUUAG